AUGAAACUAUCCCACCAUCUCCCCUUCCGGGGGCUCCUACUAUUUUCUCUUAUUUCAAGUCAACUGUGCAAGAUCUGUGAGAUAAGCAAAGAAAAGUACUUCCAUCUAAACCCUCUGGUGAGCACAAUAAUCGACUUCAAAUAUACCAGUGGAAUCCAAGCUGCUAAUAUCCUGUUGUCACUCAGACUGACUGGCAUCAAUAACCAAAGCCUAGACCAACAAUUUAUCCAACAAAUCAAUGUGGCAAGGAAAGGAUCAUAUUUAACCUCAGGACAACUUGCCUUAAUGACACUGGCUUUGGGAGCAUGUAAAAACCCCAAUACUUCAUAUAGAUUUGAUCCUCACCUAAUAGAUCAACUGGAAAAGAAAUUUCAAGCAGAAAUUGAAAACAUGGAAGCACAUGAAGGCAGUCCACUGACUAACUACUACCAGUUCAGCACGACUGUCUUGACCUUAUGCCUUUUCAAUGGAAAGUAUUCAAUCACCAAAGUUUCACAACUCUUGAUGCCUAAUAAUAAAAACUAUUAUUUUGGUGGUCAAUUCUCCGUUGAUACUGGUGCGAUGGCUGUCCUGGCUCUGAGCUGUAUGAAGAAAAGUAUAGUAAAUCAGAACAUACAAACAGAUGUAGAAGUUAUUGUUAACAAUAUACAGCAACUGGUAAAAAAAAUUCUGGCUGAGAAAAAGGAAAACGGUCUCAUUGGAAAUAUAUUCAGCACAGGAGAAGCUAUGCAGGCUCUCUUUGUCUCAUCAAGUGAUGACAAUGAACAUGAGAAUGUUUGGAAUUGCUCACAGACUCUGGACACAGUACUCAAAGAAGUUUCUCAGGGAACGUUCAGUUUGCCCAUUGCUGCAGCUCAGGUCUUACCAGCUCUACUGGGAAAGACUUACUUGGAUGUUAACAAAGAUUCUUCUUGUAUUUACAAUUCAGAUAAAUUCAACAUCUCUGUUCAUCAGCCUAUAUCUGUGAUGCCUACUAAUGGAUCCUCAAAUAUCACAGUCCAUUACUCUGUGAAAAUCAAUGAAACAUAUUCCAUUACUGUCACUGUGAAAAAUGGUUCUGUCUUCCUAGAUGUAAUGGAGGAAGCUCAGAAACAAAAUGAGACCUUAUUUGGUUUUACAGUAGCAGAGAGCUCCUGGGGACCCUAUGUAACCUCUGUUCAGGGUCUGGAAGCCAACAAUAAUGACAGAAGCUACUGGCAACUUCUGAGUGAAGACAAACCACUGAGCCAAGGUGUUGGCAGUUACCUUGUUCAUGAUGGAGAACAUUUGGAGGUUAGGUGGAGUAAAUAUUGA